AUGUUGGUGGUGUUCAUAGUGCUGUUGAUAAGUCAGUUAAGCGAUGGCCAUGACCUUCAUCACGAGGUCGGCAGCCAACGUGUCAUCGGUAGGCCUAUUGCACCAACAAUUUGCCGAAAAGUUCCGGAACCAAAAGUAGUGAUCAGAAAAGUGAUCCGACUGAGAUCCAGUACAGCCCCUAGUACCACAACUACUACUUCAACCAUAGCCACUUCUGCAAAUCCUCAAAAAAUCGUCAAGAAACGUCGAAAGUCAACCACAAGUGCUCCGGAUACUUCAAUUAGAACGACGAAUUCUGGCUUUUCAAUACGAAUCGAUUCGGUAGGUGUUACAGUACCAUCUUCUGAGCUGGACGGCAAUGUGACACCUCAGCAGCGAAUGCGAAAAAGCUCAACUGCGAAACCAAUUUUGACUACGCCUUCUACGAAAGAUGCGACAAGGUUGACAACGUCACCAACAAAGGCAGCUUUGCAAACAGGCAAACCAAGUACAGCGAGACUGGUUCCGACAACCACAACCAAAAGCUUCUUCACAACGGAUAAACUAAAACCAUUGAUUCGAUCAACUUCGACAACAGCUGCAGCAAAAAUUUCAACGACUUUCUCAAGCAGAACAAGUCCAUCUGUCACAACACAAACGACGGAGUCUACUUCAAGAAGGAAGCGGCGACGGUCGACUACAAGACCGACGAGUACUGAUUCAACUUCUACUAGCUCAAUCACAAGAACAGUUGAAGCGGAGACCCUUAGAACACCAGUGUUUAUCCCAUUGCCUGAAGACGAAACUCAAUGGAACAAAUUUUCGACACAGAAACAAGCGGAAUCAUCCACUUCGGCACAGAUUAGCUUCGAAACACCUACAACGAUAACAUCCGAGCUGUCGAAACCAUCGACAAAACUGGAUUCCAGAGCAGAAUUUACUCAAGAGUUUAAUCAACCAGAGCCUACUUCGGGACCUACUACUUCACCCAAAUCGACUUCAGAAGCAGAACGCGCCUUUGAAACAGUAACUUCGAAGCAAGCUGCUCUUACAAAAGAGGAGAGAACAACGGCAGAUCCAACAACUGUAACCAAAUUGUUGGAUUCAACAACAGAAGACGAAUUUGGACGAAUUACCACGGAAAUGGAAUUGUCCAGGAAAACCACGUCAUCCGAGCCCAGUUCUGAGAAUCUUUCCUCUUUUGCUUGGGAGGAUUCGACCCGGACAAUUCCGUCAGUUGUCGAAGAUUCGUUCGAAAAUCCUACGACUUCGACUUCCAAACCGAUUUUCGUUCCCAAAACUAGUGAUCUAGACCGUUUUGAGGAAUCUACAACAACUUCUGCUACCAUCGAUUUUGAUAGGGCACCUCAAUCGAAGACUACUCUCUCGAUUGAUGAUUCAACUCAAGGAUUUGAUUUCCCUUCAACAAAAAAUUCAGCGUUCACGACACGAGAAGCUCCAACGUUCACAUUUGAAGAAGAUAAGAUGGACGCUCCAAUUCCAACGUUCAACGAUAAAUUUCCUACUGAUUUUGGUAAGACUACAACAUGGGAGACGGAAGAAAUCAAAGACAUCACAACCGAAAUCAAUGAUAAACCAACCGAGAGUCAAACACAGCGAGCAACUCCGGAAGAAAAUCGAACAACAGUUGCUGACCUUCAACCAAUUACGGAGCUGGUUAUGGAUCGACAUACGGAUACCAUUACUAUCACAGAGCCGAUAACCUCUUCAACAACAACUGGCAGAACUUCAACGAACCGAAAGGCAACCAAACCACCGAAAACAACUAAACCCACGAAACCGAGGAAGAAACCAAAGGCUCCAAAUCGAAGCAAGGAGAGCGAUGAAUUCAAAAGUGGUGAAGAGAGUAAUGAGGGCGGUAAAAAACCCAAACCCAACAGAGGACGUGGGAAUCGAGAGCGGGAACGAAACGACCGGCGGAAAGGCAAUCAAAACAAGAAGGGUAACAAAGAGUCUUCGCGUCCCAUAUGUUCCGCUCAAAUAUCACAAAACGGGGAAGAAAACUACGAUGAAGUUACAACGAAACGUGCAGGGCGCAGAGUUGUAGUCAGAAGAGUCACUAAGACACCUACUCCUAGAACCAUCUUCGUCGGCUCUAAUAGACGACCAAUGAAUGGAAACGGUCGCCAACCGGGGAAUCCGGUUAGAACUCCUGCUCUGAAACCAAGGCAACCAACGAAAAAACAAAUAAUAGUUCGAAAGGAUGGAAAGGUUAUUGUCAGAACUAUAAUUGGUAAAAGAAUAUCUACAACUAAGCAACCCACGCCAACGUCUAGAAUACUGAAGAAACGAAAGAAGACGACGGCAUUGUCAACGACUAGAAGACCGACCAUCAGGCUGUCAUCAACAACGAAAACAACGCGGGCAAGCUCUCCAACUACAAAAGCUCCGUCCACAACUCGAACGAGUUCAACAACUGUAAAAACUUCAACGACGAGGACAACAACAACGAAUCGUCCAUCGACUACAACGACAGAACAAACGACAUCAACAGUAACAACCUCUACGGAAGCAGAAACGACAACCGAACUAGACACUACCGAUACAACGGAAGAAACCUCAACAGAAAUCGACCGACGAAUGGCUGCACCAACAGCAACUACAACAGACGAACGUUCAACAACCACCGAAGAGUCAUCAAUCGAAGCCGAAGAAGAUUACUCCGAGGAAGACGACCGAUUUGCCCGGGACUACUUGGAUGAGACGAGAAUGGUGACGUUUGCAACGGCAGCUCCGCUGCUGACAACGGUUGAGACCAUCGCUGAAAAUACCAUUGCGGCUAACUCGUUUGAGUAUGUAGCCGACUAUGGGCUGCCGUUUGGGAAUUCGGACUACGAAUACGUUACGCUGGAGCCGUUCGUCUUUGAACGGGAUGAGGCGGUGGCAGCCGGAAGAAAGAAUAAAGGGAAGGGGUCGCGAAAAACGAGGACUACCGUUAAGAGGUUGAAGAAAAAUAGGUGA